AGAGGGGGGCUGGCUCACUGUUCACAGCUUAGUCAUACUGCUCACCCUUCAUCUGCAGACUUCCUCAAACACACUCACACAAACACCCGCUCCUCCUGUUCCCCCUCCCUCUCCUCCGUCCUACUCUCUCUCCUUUUGCAGCUCGUCAAGCUGUGGCUAGGAAGGCAGGGUCACUCUGCUGGACUGCAUGCUGCUCUGCUCACAGACAGCUUAGCUCACUCGGUGACUAAGUUGAGUGUGGACAGUGUGUUGACUCAGGCUGGGGAAGACAGUGCUGUGACUCUGAUGUAUUGCGUGGACUGCACUCCCUGCCUCUGGAGCCCCCAUGUGGUUUUAGGCUGCUGCUCUGCUGAGCUCGGUUGCGGCUGCCGUCCAUCCGUGCUGUCCUGUCCCCACGGAGACCUACCCAGCAGACAGAUGGUCUGAGCAGUCAAGGGAAAAGUUUAUAACAGCAACUCGUUGGUUCCAGGCACGAUCACAGAGAACCAGUCUGAGUGUCUCUCUCUCUCUCUCUCUCUCUCUCUCUCUCUCUCUUCUCUCUCUCUCUCUCUCUCUCUCUCUCUCUCUCUCUCUCUCUCUCUCUCUCUCUUUCUCUCUCUCUCUCUCGCUCUCUCUCCAGUCAGCCCACUCACAGCUCUCUGAGGCAGCUGACCAUCUCUAUGGAAGUGGCAACAGCAACAGGAGCGCUCUGGCUGAAGAGGUAGAGAUUCUCUCCUUCUCUCUCUCAGAUCUCUCUUUCUGAGUAACGGGACUAACUGUGGAUUAGGAUCUUUUUGGGGAUUAGGGACUUUACACGUCACACCUGGAUGUUACUGAGAGGCUGAUUUCUAGGGGCGAUCUUCUGGAGAUCUAGCGGGGGAUCUUCUGGAGAUCUAACGGGGGAUCUUCUUGUCUGACCACAACCAUGGAGGAGCAGGCGGUGUCCAAGAGCAGUCCACAGCAUGGCCGAGGCCUGGGCAGGCAGAAUGUCGUCAGGUGUGGCUGGCUGAGGAAGCAGGGAGGCUUUGUGAAGACUUGGCACACACGCUGGUUCGUACUUCGCGGGGAACAGCUACACUAUUACAGAGACGAGGAGGAGACUAAAGCCCUGGGUACCAUUCUGUUACCUGGAAACAGAGUCACUGAGCAUCCAAGCUAUGGUGACGAGGGGGGAAAAUUCCUGUUUGAGGUCGCUGCAGGGGGAGACAGGGAACGGAUGACAGCGAAUCAUGAGACCUACCUUCUUAUGGCCAGCACCCAGAAUGACAUGGAGGAUUGGGUGAAGACCAUACGCAGGGUCAUAUGGGCCCCCUUUGGUGGAGGUAUCUUUGGUCAGAAGCUGGAGGAGACGGUACAGUAUGAGAGGCGUUAUGGGAGCAGGCAGGCUCCCAUGCUGGUGGAGCAGUGUGUGGACUUUAUACGCAAGUCGGGCCUACGGGAGGAAGGACUCUUCAGGCUACCAGGGCAGGCCAACCUAGUCAAAGAGCUGCAGGAUGCCUUCGACUGCGGAGAGAAGCCCUCCUUCGACUGUAAUACAGAUGUCCAUACAGUAGCCUCUCUACUAAAGCUGUAUCUCAGAGAGCUACCAGAACCAGUCAUCCCUUUCUCCAAGUUUGACGAGUUCCUCUCCUGCACCAAGCUGCUCAGCAAGGACGAGGAAUCUGGAAUGAAGGAACUGAAAAGACAAGUGGAAUGUCUACCUCCAGUCAACUACAAUCUGCUGCAGUACAUAUGCAGAUUUUUAGAUGAAGUCCAGUCCUAUUCAGGUGUGAAUAAAAUGUGUGUCCAGAACCUGGCCACAGUCUUUGGUCCAAAUAUACUACGGCCAAAGAUUGAAGACCCUGUAGCAAUCAUGGAAGGUACAGUGCUGGUACAGCAGCUGAUGUCUGUUCUGAUUGGUCGUCACGACGUGUUGUUCCCCAGAGACGAGGACAGUCCCAAGACACUGGAGCUGGUCAACAACAACAACGAGGUCCAGAGGAGGCUGACCCAGAUGGUGCCGACGGGACAGACCACAGAACAGAACAACAAUACCCAAAUACCCCAGCAGAGGGUGAAACAGUGUUGCUGGGAGACCCCCGAGUCGCCCCACCGCCAGCCCCCGGUAACGUUAGACAACAACGGCUCCGGUUCACCUCGCUCAGCCAGCCCACGUAACGGCCAUGUUACCGGGCGCUUCGACCUGGCCCGCAGCCCGCCGUUAACCGUUAAGAAAAACCCGGCGGUCUCCAAGGGCAGCGGCGUGGUCACCAACGGCUCGUUUAGUUGUUCCCCCUCUGGAGACGCAGCCAACCAGGAGAAGAGCCAGACUCUGCCCGGUAACACAGGAGGCAUCAGCGGCCUCCAGGCCAGGCGCACCCUGAAGGGCUCGGGCACCAAGAUGGGCACCAGCGGGGUCCCUAACGGAGGUGUCCGCAUGGGUGUGUCAAGUACUGACGUGGUGAACGGUACCCUGAACGGGCGUAAUGGGCUGUGGGUGCCCAAUGGCUACCCGGUCACCUUACGAGACAGCAAGUCUCGGGACUGUGGAGAGCAGACGGCGUCCCAGAACCGGCUGUCCACCUAUGACAACGUCCAGCAACAACAACAACAACAACAGUUACAGAAUCAACAACAGCCGUGUCUCAUCUCUAGCUGUGAGGACAAGCAGAGCGUGGACAGUGCUACUUGGUCCACCUCCUCCUGUGAGAUCUCUCUUCCGGACAACUCCACGUCCUGCCGUUCCUCCACCACCACCUGCCCAGAACAGGACUUCUACGGCGGGCUGGGCCUCUACGAGGACCCCUUGCUGCUGCCGGAUGGACCUAGGGGCCUGUCCUCCCUCGACGAGCAGCCCCAGCCGGGCGGGGACGUGGAGGGGGAGCGGAGGAACGGUGGUGGAGGGAGGGGUAGUGGAGCCACCAGCAGCAGUGACAACAGUGAGAUGUUCCUCGUCAGUAACGGACCCAGUAGUCACAGUGCUCUACACAGCCUGGUGGUCAGUCUGAAACAGGAGAUGCAGAAGCAGAAGACAGAGUACGAGGCCAGGAUAACUAGCCUGGAGCACCGUAACCUGGAGUUGGAGACUGAGAUGGGGACUCUUCACGAGGAGCUGAACCAGGAGAGGAAGAAGGUCACCAUGGUGGAGAUCAAGUUGCGUAACGCAGAGCGGGCCAAGGAUGACGCAGAGAAGAGGAACGAGAUGCUGCAGAAAGAGAUGGAACAGUUCUUCUCCACCUUCGGAGAUCUGACCGCCGAUCCGCGCAGGCCCGACCGGGCCAAUACCAUCUGGAUCCAGUGAGGUGGUGUGGCAGUGUAGGGUGGACUGUGCCAUUUUAAUCGAAUGAGAGGGGGUGGGAGAAUGUACUAAUGACUUGGAGACAUAUUGAAAGGGACAGUACCAUCUGGAUCUGGUGAGGGGGGUGUGUACCACCCUGGGAGGUGAGAGAAAGUGGGAGAAUGUACUGAGGAGACAGUUUGACGGACUGUACCACCUGAAUCUAGUGCGAGGGAGUGUGGCAGUACAGGGUGGAAUGUGCCAUUUUAUUCUAGUGAGAGGGGGUGUGGCAGUGCAGGGUGGACUGUGCCAUUUUAUUCUAGUGAGAGGGGGUGUGGCAGUGCAGAGUGGACUGUGCCAUUUUAAUCUAGUGAGAGGGGGUGUGGCAGUGCAGGGUGGAUGGCGCCAUUUUAUUCUAGUGAGAGGGGGUGUGGCAGUGCAGGGUGGAAUGUGCCAUUUUAUUCUAGUGAGAGGGGAUGUGGCAGUGCAGGGUGGAUGGCGCCAUUUUAUUCAAGUGAGAGGGGGUGGGAGUAUCUACUAAGGCAGGGUUUCCCAAACUCGGUCCUCGCCACCCAUGGGGUGCACGUUUUGGUUUUUGCCCUAGCACUACAGAGCUGAUUCAAAUAAUCAAUUAAUAAUCAAGCUUUGAUGGCAAAAACCAAAACGUGCACCCCCUGGGGUCCCCAGGACUGGGUUUGGGAAAUCCUGUACUAAGAAGUAGAAAAAGCAUUGAGAGGGACAAUAGCGUCUGAAAGUAAGAGACAUAUGGAUUCAGUGUGUAGUGGAACAGGGUGCAUGCCGCUGGACCUCAACCAUGCUGACUGACUGUGGCAAUAUGACUGAAGAUGUCAGGCGGCUGGUUACCUGCCUAAUAAAGACUAUACCCAGCCUAUACGUGGACUCCUGAAAGACUACACUACCCAUAAAACCCUUCUCCUUCCCCAUUUUCCUUCAAGAUCCAAUCAAAUAUAUAAUCAACCCUGUUACACGUUAUCAUGUAUCUGCCUGUGUAUAUAGAGGAAAAACAAUGCUGAAGAAAAGUUAUGUAUGUAAAAAAAAAAUUUUUUAUUUAAACGACAUAACUAUCCAUUUUCAA